CUAUGACGUCAGUGGUAAAACCUGCUCCGGCUGGGUGUCUGUCCGCCUGAAAGUGAAGUGUGUUCGGCGUGCGUCGGAGUUUUACCCCCCCCUUCCCUCCCCCGUCUUUUGUUCAGUGUUGUUGUCGGCUUUUAAACUUCACUGACGAGCUUUUACGUUACUGCUUUUAAAACCCAGCCUUGUAGACGAUAUAUGGGAGGUUUUUUUCUAAAAGUUCCUGAAGUGCUCUCCGAGGAACCGGCGGACGACGGAAACUACCAGACCAGAGAUGGAUAAGCUAACCGAUAGCUGAGUUGCUAGCCGAGAAUCACAGGUCAAGAAUAGGAUCAAGCUAGCAUGCUAACCGCUAGCUGAUUUAGCAUUAUAUUGCCUAACCGAGCUACUUCGUCAACCUGUAACGUCCGAACUUCUCUCUGUUAUUUCUCGGGCCCGACCGCUAACGUUACACCGUGGACAUUUUGUCGGAGGCCAGCUAACCCAGGAAGAAGCCUCAGGUCUGCUUUUUAAAGAGGGGAAAGACACAAGUGUUGCCGAGAGCAUGCUGUCCAACGCUCAGAACCAGCCACUGUUUCCCAACCCGUCGGGGCAGCAGAACCCGGGCGGGCAGCAGAACACUACAGGCCAGUUCCUCCCCUUCCACGCUCGACCCUCCUUACAGAUCAAGAAGAAUGCCAUAACAGACGACUACAAGGUAACCAGCCAGGUGCUGGGGCUGGGCAUCAACGGCAAGGUGCUGGAGAUCUUCCAGAAGAAGACCGGAGACAAGUAUGCGCUGAAGAUGCUGCAGGAUUGUGCCAAGGCCCGUAGGGAAGUGGAGCUGCACUGGAGGGCUUCUCCCUGUGCCAACAUUGUGCGCAUCAUUGAUGUCUAUGAGAACCUCUAUCAGAGCAGGAAGUGUCUGCUUAUUGUCAUGGAGUGCAUGGAUGGUGGUGAGCUUUUUAGUCGAAUCCAGGACAGAGGAGAUCAGGCCUUCACAGAGCGAGAGGCGUCUGACAUCAUGAAAAACAUCGGCGAGGCCAUUCAGUUCCUGCAUGCCGUCAACAUUGCUCACAGAGACGUCAAGCCAGAGAACUUACUGUAUUCCUCAAAGAGGCCCAACGCCCUGCUCAAACUCACAGAUUUUGGCUUUGCCAAGGAAACCACCUCCCACAACUCUUUAGCUACUCCGUGCUACACCCCCUACUAUGUUGCUCCAGAAGUUCUUGGCCCAGAGAAAUAUGACAAGUCAUGUGACAUGUGGUCACUGGGUGUCAUUAUGUAUAUCCUGUUGUGUGGAUACCCUCCUUUUUAUUCAAACCACGGUUUAGCCAUCUCUCCUGGGAUGAAGAAGAGGAUCAGGAUGGGCCAAUAUGAGUUUCCAAACCCUGAGUGGUCUGACGUAUCAGAGGAAGCAAAACAACUGAUUAGGACUCUCCUUAAGACUGAGCCAACGCAGAGGAUGACCAUCACCGAAUUCAUGAAUAAUCCCUGGAUCAAUCAAUCGAUGGAGGUUCCCCAGACCCCACUUCACACCAGCCGGGUGCUAAAGGAGGAGAAGGACGCGUGGGAGGAUGUCAAGGAGGAAAUGACCAGUGCCUUGGCAACAAUGAGAGUCGACUACGAGCAAAUCAAGAUCAAGACCAUUGAGGACUCGACCAAUCCCCUGCUAACAAAAAGGAGAAAGAAAGCCAGUCACUCCAUGCCGGACCCCCAAUCUGCUGCCCACUGAGAGUUGCACACAUGCAUGCACAUCCAGACACAGGUUGUAAAAAGGAAGCAAUAAUUUGUCGACACGUGAGUCACGUUGCAUGGGUUUUUCUCAGUGUUUUAUUUUUCAUUGCAAAUUCUAAUGUUUUGUAGGAGCGUUUGUUUUUCUUACUCUACCGUUUUAACAAAACCACCCCUCUGUUCCGGCAGAGGUGAUGUUUAUCUGUUUUUUACACCAGUGAAGAGAUUAUGAAUUAUAGAGACAGGGAGGAUUGUGAAUCGGUGAGAUCCUUCCUUUCCCUAAUAUCAGGUUGUGUACUCGGAGGGGCUUGAAUGUACAAAUAGGACAUGAAGCCCUCAGCAUUAGCAUUAGUUCAGUCUUCGUCCUGCAGUCCCUUCCUAGCUCUAACCCCAAACUCGUAAAUGUAAAAAAAAAAAGGCUAAAUCCCAAAAAUAAAAUCAAGGGAAGUUUUCUUUUACCUACAUGCAAAGUUAGAAGAUGUAUUUUAGACUGACAAGUGGAAUGUAAGGACUCUGUCCCUGACUGUUGGAUUUAGCUGGUAAAGUGGCGGUGUCUGUCAGGUCCAGUUUGUCUUGAUGAAUGUGGAACAGCGGCCUAUGCACUCACAAGGGCCAUGUGCCGCUCUGACAGAGCACCUCUCUAGUGGCCCCGCUCUCCUACCUUUAAUCUACGCUUGUUUUUCAGGUACAUAGUUUAUUGGGCAGAGAAGGACGCCAUUUUAAAAUGCAGGAACUGGCUUGACCAUUCUCCCGCAUGUAGCUCAUAAGAGAGUAGGAGCCGACCAAUACUGUAUUUUUUCAUGGACUUUAGCGUAGGCGUUAGCGCAGGCCUUACAGAGUGUUGCCAAAGCAGCAAAUUACUUUUACCCCCUACCUACCUGUUUGGUUCAAGCUUUUUACCAAUGUUAUUGUUCUCGAUUGGUAACAUUGCCAGAUUAUAUUUCAGGUUAAUGCUAUGCAGAUGUGUGUCAGCUUGUACUGCUAGAACGUUUUUUUUCUCUGUUGGUUUUUGUUUGCAAAUGUGUUGGAGAGAUGUGCAACAUUGUGUUAAUGUUUCUAUAAGCAGUAACAUAGUAUCAAGGGAAUACUGGGCAAGCUGUGAGGGUCUCUGAGAAGAUUGUUUAACUGCUGCUGUAGCUCAACAGUCAGGAGGCUCAGUGGGACGGGUUUGGUGACAUGCUAGUGUUCUCCAACGUUUUUCCUCCCUACCUCCUGGAGGAGUGAUGGGAAGUGAGAAUUACUCGAGAGCUGCUCCUUGUCCCAGAAUAGGAACUCUCAUCGUACUGACAUAGGGAUGUGGUCGGGUUCUCAUCAAUGGUCUUUUCAACCCAAUUGGACGCUUCCACCUCACACAGGAUCAUGGGGAGUGAUUGUGUUCAUUUUGUCAGUUCACCUUCACUCCGAAAAUCCCCGACACAUUACCGGUCGCUUGGCACCUACAAAUAUCCCAUUGUAAGAAUGUUCAUUGAGAGUUUGACUUGAGUGGGUCCUCCCAGCUUUUUUCUUUUUGGCCCCUUCAACACAAUUUUUGUAGUGGAAGUGCAGAAAUUGCUGUUACUGAUUCUGUUAAACUCCACCUGCCGUACUUUGGUUUGCUUUAGCUUUCGAUUAAAAAACACUCAAACACAA